AUGUUGUCCUUCCUCCUAGGUAGCUCCACCCUCCUGUUGGCCAGCGUGGUGUCCACUCUGGGCGGCCUGGUCUUUGGGUAUGAGUUGGGAAUCAUCUCGGGUGCUUUGCUGCAGCUUAAGGCAGAGUUUAGACUGUCAUGUAUUCAGCAGGAGGCUCUGGUAAGCUCUUUAUUGAUAGGAGCUCUUCUGGCCUCCAUCGUGGGCGGCUGCUUGAUCGACCAUCGGGGCCGCAGGAACUCCAUCCUCCUCAGCAACGUGUUGAUCCUGACCGGCAGCCUGGUCCUGCUCAUCACCUCCUACACUGCUCUGGUGGUGGGCAGGAUGACCAUAGGGUUUGCCAUGUGUAUAUCCUCCAUGUCCUGCUGCAUCUUUGUGUCCGAGAUGGUUACUCCGGACCGAAGGGGCUUCUUGGUGACACUGUAUGAAGGUGGGAUCACUGUGGGCAUCCUGGCAGCUUAUGCCAUGAACUACAUCCUGUCUGACUCUAAAAGAGGGUGGAAGUGGAUGUUUGGAUUAGCCAUAGUACCGACUAUGGUUCAGCUGGUCUCUAUCUGGUUCCUUCCAUCCAGCAUUCAGGAAUCUUCAAGCCAAAAAGACCUCAUGAGCACCAUCGGAAACCAAGAAGCAGAAGACUCAAAAUUCGGCAUGGAAAGCAAGUCGGUACAGUUCAACAGCAUGUACCUUUUCCAGCGCAAAGACAACAUGAGGACUCGCACUGUCAUUGGCCUGGGACUGGUACUCUUUCAGCAGUUCACAGGCCAGCCGAAUGUUCUCCUCUACGCCUCCACCAUCUUCCACUCGGUGGGGUUUCAGAGCGAUGCCUCGGCAGUGCUGGCAUCUGUGGGUCUGGGUUUAGUGAAAGUGAUCGUCACUCUGACCUCUAUGGUGUUUUCAGACAGGGUGGGCAGGAGGCCGCUGCUCAUUAGUGGAUGCUCUGUGAUGGCGCUGUCUCUGAUAAUCAUCGGACUCCUCAGUGGACAUUCAUUGAUGAAUGCUAAGCGGACCUGUAUUUCUGAGGACUUUAACAAAACAGAUCUACCUCAUUUGACUGUCGGUAAUCAGACAGUUUUUGGCAUGCCUUUAAAUGAGAGCCAAAUACUCCUUAAUACCUAUACACAAGAUGAACAUGUGGCACUUGAUCAAGUGAAACGGAAACCAUCAGACCCUCCUCUGGCAUCUUUUCCUAACGUCCAUAGCACUGUUGUGAACUGGAUCAUUCUCGUGUGUAUGAUGGCGGUUAUCAGUGCAUACUCCGUUGGAUUCGGACCAAUGACCUGGCUUCUCCUCAGUGAAAUAUUUCCAGCUGCUAUCAGAGGAAGGGCAUUCGCAUUCACUAACUGCUUCAACUGGGCUGCCCACCUGUUGUGCACCUUCACUUUCCUGAAUUUUGUCGAUGUGAUCGGCCUGUCUGGGAUGUUUCUGCUGUAUGGGCUGACCGCUGUGGCAGCUGGACUUUUCUUCUUCUUCAUGCUGCCGGAGACCAAAGGGAAGACUCUGGAGGAGAUCGACAGGGAGCUGCGUUUAAACAUGUUUUAUCACAGGGAGGAGAGCUGCUGCAACAUCAGGUGGAGGAACUCUUCCCCACAGUACCAGAGAGUGCGCUGUCAACUUAACUCCGACUGAUUCAGUAUGUUAGCGUACCAUAGACCGGUUAUAAAGAUGGACGCCCCCGCUAUGCUGAAGUGAGGUUAAAAUAUACAAAAUAUGGGUCUUGCCAUCUUGAUAUCAGUAAUAUCUGUGGUGGGGGAGUUCCCGCUAAAACACCCGUCUGACCAAUUAUGAGCAGCGCCACUGAAUGCAAAAGCACAGAUUGGCUGUCACAGCUGUCGAUCUUAACAGAAGAGCCCCCUUUUUGUAUAAUUUAAUAACUCAUUAAAACCAAACUCAUCAUAAAAACAAACAUCAGGGUGAUGUGAUCUACCUUCAGAGACAGACAACAUAUUUGGGAACAUUUUUUUUGGUGUGCACUUUGAGUUUUUAAUUUGGCUUAACAUGGAGGAGCGAGCUUUAAGACCUAUACUGCAGUUAGACACCAGGGGGUGAUCCAGAUUGAAAAACCUCACUUUGGGGGAGCUGUCAAGUUGUCCAUCUUUAUGUACAGUCUAGUCUAUGUAGCAUACUCACAGGCACUGGCAAGAAACCUGGGUAGUUUCAGCCUGACAGAAGGCUUUUCUCUGUUGCACUGGAUAUUGGAAAUAUAUGUGUCUUUGUAAGACAUGCUAACAAAAUAUGUUUUUUAUGUGAUAGUGUGUUGUGUUUCUAAGACAUAGACCUUCCUGUUCAACAUUACAUGUUUUACAAAGCAAA